CUUUGGGUUACCAUUAACGAGGUUGUUCUGUUAGCCUGUAACCAGCUGAAGCAUCUAUUUACACAGUUUUUCCUCUGAAUUGCCUUCUUUUUUCCCAUAUCCAACAAGUAUCCAUGGCAGACCCAAAGCAAGAAGCGAUAGAAGUCAUCCAUUCUUGGUCUGCUCCGAGAUCACUCAGUACUAGUCUCAUGUAUUCGUUUUCUCAGAGGGAUGACAUAGAAGUGCUGGAUGAACCUCUGUAUGGAACUUUUCUUCGUGUUACUGGUGUUGAAAGGCCCUACCGUGAAGAUGUUCUCUCUAAGAUGGAAUGCGAUGGUAAUAAAGUUGUUGACAACAUUAUUUACGGUCCUGGAAAAAACAGAUACCGGUAUUGUAAGCAUAUUGCAAAGCAACGGGUGCCUGGUUUGCCAAAUGACUUGCUGCAGAAAGGAAAGCACUUUAUACUGAUACAAAAUCCUCUCAAUAUACUGUCAUCCUUUGAGAAGGUUGUGCCUCCAUCUUUCCUUGAGCUAGGCUUAGGAGAUUUGGUUUCCAUUUACAGUGAGCUUUGUGCAUUGGGAAAGCCCCCACCAGUUAUCGAUGCCGCAGACCUUCAACAAAAUCCUGAGGACACUUUACGUGGUCUUUGUAAAGAUUUGGAUAUUCCUUUUCAUGAUGCAAUGCUCAGAUGGGAAGCUGGUCCGAAACCGAUCGAUGGUUUGUGGGCGCCAUGGUGGUAUAAAAGUGUGCAUAACUCAACACAUUUUGCAUCCCCAAGAAAGUACCCUAGGCCAUUUCCUUUCUCAUUUUAUGACUUGUUGGAGCAAAGUCUACCUUUCUAUAACUUGCUAAAGCGCAACGUGAGGCAGACAUCUUCCCUUUUAAGGUCUCCCUUACCGGUUCCCGAUCUUCCAGUUCCUGAGAAUGCGAAGCUGCUUGCUUGGGUUGGUGAUGAGAUUGUACCUCGUGAGAGUGCAAAGGUUUCAGUAUUUGAUUCAGUUGUCCAAGGUGGUGAUGCUGUGUGGGAAGGACUUCGAAUUUACAAUCGAAAGAUAUUUAAGCUUGAAGAGCAUCUAGAUAGGAUGUUUGAUUCUGCAAAGGCUCUGGCUUUCAUCAAUGUUCCUACCCGCGAUCAGAUCAAAGAGGCUAUCUUCAGAACCCUCAAUGCCAAUGGAAUGUUCGAUAACACACACAUUCGAUUAACACUUACUCGUGGGAAAAAGGUUACUUCAGGGAUGAGCCCUGCUUUCAAUCAAUAUGGCUGCACUUUGAUUGUGCUUCCUGAAUGGAAACCCCCGGUUUAUGACAAUGAGAGUGGUAUAAAACUUGUUACAGCUACAACACGUCGUAAUUCACCAAAUAAUUUGGACUCAAAGAUUCACCACAAUAAUCUUCUGAAUAACAUACUGGCAAAGAUAGAAGGGAAUAAUGCGAAUGCCGAUGAUGCAAUCAUGCUCGACAAGGAUGGUUAUGUAUCCGAAACAAAUGCCACAAACAUUUUCUUGGUCAAGAAAGGCCGUGUUUUAACCCCUCAUGCUGAUUAUUGUCUUCCUGGGAUUACUCGAGCAACUAUUAUGGAGCUUGUUGUAAAGGAAAAAUUUGAGCUAGUGGAACGAAGAAUUAGCUUAUCUGAGUUCCAUGCAGCAGAUGAGGUAUGGACUACUGGAACAAUGGGAGAACUCAGCCCGGUUGUGAAAAUCGAUGGGCGCAUCAUUGGCGACGGGAAAGUCGGGCCGGUCACUCGAAGGUUGCAAAAUGCUUAUAAAAAACUGACAGAAGAGUCCGGAGCUCCAAUACCAACCAACCCUGAAACAUAAAUGACAGUGUCUGAAAGAAGGUUGCCAUUAUCGAACGUCAAAUUUCAAGACGAUGCUUACUGGAGAAUUUGGAUGUAUGAACUUUGUAUUCAAUUACAGCUGUUCGCUAUGAAACUGAUUGUGAAAAACAAUGACAAAUAAUGCAUCCCAAUAAAUUGUGAAAAACUGAAUCUUAUUAUCAAGUCAUUAUAAUAUCAUCGAUGUUCAACUUGUAA